UUCGCGGGAGUGAACAUCACGCGCACGUGUCGUGAAUGUUUGUCAGAGGGGCUUCCUCAACAUCUAAUUCCAACUGUCUCCAACGAUUCAGACUGAUCCGGCUGAUCGAGGCUCUCCCCGAUGACAGAGAGCUCAGCUGGACUCUGCUGACAUGCGCACUCGGGAGGAAGUUCAGACCCAGAACUCCUGGACCCGCUCUGGGAAGACAAAACACCGGGAUGUUCAAACAGAAAGUUACCUGGAAGAACCGAGUGACAUUCCUGUGGUGGAGUGUCAGACUGAUGGACAGACCUGAAACUCCAAACUUUAAAGCUGCUAAAACUGGCAAAGAUGCUGAAGCCCAGAGAGGAUGAACAUCUACUGAACGUGUCCUGUGCAGCUGUUUGACUUUGAGGAGGAAGUGCAGCCCAUCCUAGAAAUUCAGUUUUGAAAAAGAAAAUGAAAAAACUAUAGCACCACUAUGGUGGUUUCUUCCAGCUGGUCCUUCUGCGUGCUGCUGUGGGAAAUAGUGACUCUUGGUGGGAAUCCGUACACGGGUAUCGCUCCCGAGCUGCUGUUUAACCUCCUGAAGACUGCUUACAGGAUGGAGAGGCCGGAGAACUGCUCUGAGGAAAUGUUCAGCCUGAUGCUCCGAUGCUGGAAACAAGAAUCAGACAAGAGGUCGACGUUCUCAGACAUCAGCAAGGAACUGGAAAAGAUGAUGGUGAAGAGUCAGGAUUACCUGGACCUGGCAGCGUCCACUCCCGCUGACGCCCUGCUGUACGACGACGUUCUCUCUGAAGAAGACACCCCACUAGUGGACUGUAAUAACGCCCCUCUCCCUCGAACCCUCCCCUCCACAUGGAUUGAAAACAAGCUCUAUGGUAGAAUCUCCCAUGCAUUU